UGUCAUCACCGGCACAAACUAAAAAUUAUGCUUAACUUUUCCAGCCGUCUUCCCAAAAGUGAUUUUUGCUAUUUUUUGUAGCCGCUUUUAGUGCUCGUAGUUAACGUAUUUAUUAAACCCAUUCCGAAAAGUGCUGUCCCGCCGUUCCUAGUGUAGAUUUAACUGUGAUUUUCCGUAUGUGCGUUAAUGGUGACUCGGGAAAUGCCCCGUCCUUGGCAUGACUAUUGGGAGGCUGCGGAAUAUUUGUUGGGAAAAUAAUAAAGUAGCAGCAGUUUGCAAUUCGGAAAGGCCGCAGUGCAUCAGCUGCCGCAUUGUGACAGGUGCAGCAGCAGCGGGCACACACCACCAGGACCUACAUAUUCUGUUUCCGUCCUUCGCAGCGAAACAACAACAACAAUGGCUGGCACGGCAACGGCGACGCCAAUGGAAAUUGACGAAUUCAUAAAUGGAGCACUCGUUUCUUGGCUGGAGUCAUGCCUGCCGCGAGCGGAGCUACUCGCAGGCUAUACAUCCCUGCUCGAUGGCCACAUAAUCCACAGUGUUUGGCUGCAGAUCGAUCCGGAGCCGCAGAACAAUCCCAGCGAGCUGAACGAUCUCAGUGGCAAGUCGCUGAGCAUUGCGAGGGCCAAGAAUUUCGAGUGCAUUGUACGGAAUCUCAAGGCUUUGUUUGAGGAGGAGCUGGGUCAAACCAUACUGGUCCUGCCGGAUGCCUUCACUUUGGGCCAUCAUCCGGAGAGCAGGAGCGGACUGGACCAGAUGCGGACGCUUCUCACACUGCUGCUCGGCGCUGCCGUGCAGUGUCCCAACAAGGAACUGUUUAUUGCCCGCAUCAAGGAGCUGGAUCUGGAGACGCAGCAUGCCAUUGUGGCUUUGAUCAAACAGGUGACGGACAGUCACAGCCUGGUGCUCACCGAGGACUCUGUGGAACGGCUGACACCGCAGAGCAUGUACACGCACAUCCUGCGCCUCACCAAGGAGCGGGAUCUAAUGUAUCUCAAGUGGAUCGAUCUGGCCUGCGUUGAGCCCGAACUAGCUGCUGGCGAUAAUCUGGUGGAAUGUGGCCAGGGCGUCAGUGUGCCACGUUCACCAUCCAACGGAACGGCAACCUCCACGCCCUCGUCCUCAUCCAACUCGGAGAGCAAUCACUUGGCCGUAGAGUGUGCGGAUCUCAGGUCGAAAAACCGCAAGCUGCGACAGGAGCUUGAGGAAAAAUCAGAGAAUCUCUUGGAGCUGCGCGAGGAGCUCGAUGACAAGAAGGCUCGCUUUGACAAGCUAAGGCAGGAGAGCCAGGAAUGGUUUACGGAGGCCAAGCGAGCCUCUGCCUAUCGCGACGAGGUGGACAUUCUCAGAGAGCGCGCAGAGCGUGCUGAUCGCCUGGAGGUGGAGGUCCAAAAGUAUCGGGAAAAGCUUGGAGAUUCCGAUUUCUACAAGUCGCGCGUGGAGGAGCUAAGGGAGGAUAACCGCGUAUUGCUGGAAUCAAAGGAAAUGCUUGAGGAGCAGCUGCAACGCUAUCGCAAGCGUUCCGAGCACGCCAUCUCCCUGGAGUCAGAGAUCAUUAAGUACAAGCAGAAACUGAAUGAUAUGGCUCUAGAAAGGGAUGUGGAUCGUUCGAAGCUCGAGGAGCUUCUAGAGGAAAAUGCUCAGCUGCAGCUGGUGGCCAAGAAUCUGAAUACCACACAGGAGCUGGACAAGUCCUUCUCCGACAACGAAGAUGACUGCAACUCUGGCGACAACAGCCUGUCCGAACAGCUCACCAACAAUGCCCAGACGCGUGCUCUCAAACUGGAGCUAGAGAAUCGUCGCCUGACGGCUGCCUUGGAGCAGCUAAAGGAAAGCAGCUUCCAUGAGACCUCUGGCAAAAUGCUAGAGCUGGAGAAGGAGAAGAAGAAGCUCUCCUUGAAGAUCGAACAAAUGCAGGAGAAUGUCCAGCGUUUAACCCAGCAGAAUAUGGAGCUGGAGGGCGUCUUCAAAAACGCUUUGGAGGAGAACAAGAAGCUGCAGGAUGCCGUGGACAGCCGCCAAAAGAGCUACGAUCGCCAGAGCCUCGAGCGGGAGACGGAUCGCCAGAAGCUAGCCGAUGCCGAGCAGCAUGUGGAGACCCUAAACAAGGAGAAGCAGCGCAUCCAGACCCUAAACGAGAGCAUUCAGCGAAGAGCCGACGAUCUGGAACGGCUCGCCGAGAGCAAAUCCAAGGAGCUGGAGCAAUUCACUGAAAAGUCCAAGCAGUACGAGCAGACCCGCCAGAAGCUGUACGAAAUUGAGGCCAAGGUCUCCACCUAUGAGCGCGAGAAUGCCAGCUUGGUGAAGGAGGUGUCCAAGCUGAAAGAGGGCAGCGAACAAAAGUCCGUGCAGCUGGACGAGAGCAUAAACCGACUGGAUAGCCAGGCCAAGGAGCUGCUGAGGCUGAGCAAGACCCUCGAGGAGGCCGAGCAGUUGCAGCUAAAGCUGGUGGAGUUGGAGAAGCACAACCAGGAGCUGGUCUCGCAAAGGAAUAUUGAUCAGGAGAUGAUAAGCACACUGCGCAAUGACCUGGUCACCGGAACGCUGGUCACUAAAAAGGUACGCCACAAUCUGGAGAAGCUGGGCCUGGCCGACGAAGAGCCUGGUGAACUGAAUGUAGAGCAUGUGGUGGAGAAGCUGGUGCGCAAUCCCGAAACCUUCAAGACCGUGCGCGAGAUCAUGCUCAAUGUAACCCGCGAACAGCAACGGGAGGAGGAGGAGGACCCUGAUCGAGAGGGCGGUGGCGUCAAGUCGGACAUGUGUGUGCUCUGCCACCGCCAGGAGAUCUUUACCGUGGAAAAGAACAUUGAGCUAGCAGCUGAUCCACCUGCAGCAUCGGUGGCAGCCCAACCCUCCUCUCAGGAGCUGCGAUUCGAGCACAAGGUGCGUCUCAGUCCCGCCCGUGAGUCUGCGGAGCUGAUCCGCCUCAAGGACUCCAACACCCAACUGCAGACGGAGAAUGCUCGUCUCAGCGUGGACGUGGCCGCCUUGGGCUCACAGAUUACAUCGCUGAACACCCAGCAUGUGGCCCUGCAGCUGGCCAACUCUCAGCUGGCGGCGGAGAAGGAUACCCUGCUCAAGGAAAUCGAUUCACUGCAGCAGGAGCACAAGCAUGCGCUGCAGGAUCAGGUGACAUUGCAGUGCCUGCACGAUCAGCUCUCGGCGGAAUAUGAAUCCCUGAACAAGGACAAAGAGCAGCUGAAGGCGGCGGUAAGGGAUUUGCGGCAAGAGAUGCGCGACACCCGCGAACAGCAGACGGCUCUGGAGCAACGCAUCGAGGAGCUGACCACGCAGAAUAACAACAUGAAGACCUGUAGCGAGGAUCUGUCUAUUCUACGCACCGAGCACUCCAAGCUCACCGAUGACUUCCGGAAUCUCUUUGCUACCAGCGAUAGGUUCAAGAACGAGUACAAGAACAUCCAGGAGCAGUACAAGAUGAUACGGAUGGAGCACUCCAGUCUCAAGCUGCACAACACGGAGCUGACAGGCGAGCUGAACACCAAGAGCGACCAAGUGCGUCAUCUCCAGGUGGAGUACACCAAGGUUCAGCAACGCUGCGAGAUGCUGAUCCAAAACAAUGCCGAUCUGGACUCGGAGCGCAAGGCUUUGAUGGACAAUGUCUCGCAGUUACUCUCUCAGUACCAGGAGCUCUUGGCCAUUUCCCUUGAGGACAAGAAGCACUUCCACGAGGAGGAGAAGAACUACACCGAACGCGUGCACAGUCUCAAGCGGCAAAAGGAGAAGCUGGAGGAGAAGAUCAUGGAGCACUACAAAAAGACCGAGGUCACCGUCCACAAAAAAAAACCCUUUGCCAUUGGUCUGGUUAGAAGAGUGAAGAAGGCCAGCUCGGAUUUGAUGAACAAAGUGCCCAGUCGAAAUCGUCGCUCUUGGGUGGAUGAUGCCCGGACCAGUUCACAGUUUGUGAUCGGCUCCGAGUCUGGAGGCAAUGAGUCGGACAAUAGCAACGAGGAGCCCAUUUCCAUUGCCUCCGAUACGCAUCUGCUUCAGCGGAACAUACCGCUUCGCCAGAGCCUGCAGCGGGACUUGCUGGACAACUCGAUCCAACGCGGCGGUGCCGUGCGCAGUAGCCUGCAGGCACAGAAACGUACGGAUUUGAAUAACUCACGUAGAAAUAGCGUGCACGGCAGCCUUGAAGCGCCAGAUGUGACGGGCAGCAGCCUGACACUGGGCACAGCCGGCUCCCGACGCACCGUUUAUCUAAUCGACGAGCACCAGAAGCUACCGGAUGGAAGCUCCCCCCAGCAGCAGCAGCAACAAUCGUCGGCGGGCAGUAGCAAUCCCCCAGCAACGACUGCUUCCGCGCCAGAGCCACCUCAAAACACAAGCGACACUUCCGCCAGCAGUGGCCCAGCCACAUUUCUCAUGUACAAUCGUAUAAACACAACGAUUGGUGGCAAUUCAACCAGCGGCGAUCAGAGUCCUUUGCUGCCAGCAGCUAGCACUAGUACUCCCCUGCAGGAUGACAAGGCAACGCGGAAGCGGACCGAGGACAAGAGCAAUAGCAUUUGGUAUGAAUACGGAUGCGUCUAGGGGCUUAGAAACAGUAUACGAACUUGAAAUUGAAUUUGAACUUGAAUAUUAAUGCAUUUUGCGCUGACGGAAGUAUUAUUUCGUUUUAGAAAUUACGAAUUUAUAUUUAGAAUGCAUUUUUAGAACAUCGAUGUUGCCUUAAGCCCAAGUAACACAAUGUAAUAAGUUGAAAAGUGCUGCUUAAAACGCUAUGAUUUGCCUUAAGACUAUACUUACGUAUUUAUGCAAUAUAAACAGAAGAAGACUAUGGGCCAGCCAGGCCAACGAACUCAUAACUAUCCAGUAUACACACAAGCCUACUCUACAACAAAACCAACUAUUAAACGUGUUAACCCUUAGCUAUGCUAUAUCUCAAUGUUGCGUCCAAAGCGGAAAGACUUUAUUUAUCCGUUUCCAUGUAUUCUACCCAUGUAUUCCUAAUAGCUAACAAACGCGCCUUCAAUUUGUGAAUAUAUAUUAUAUAUUUUUUUAUAUAUAAAUUACCGUAACGUAGCCUUUUACUAUUUAUUGACGCAAAGAGCCUAACAACGCAAUAAAAGUUAGCAAACAUAA